UGUGUGUGUGUGUGUGUGUGUGUGUGUGUGUGUGUGAUGUUUCAGAGCAUCACUGGCUUCUAACUAUCAGCUUAGACUCCUCCCCUCUAGCUGCCUGCCCUGAUCGUUUGAGCAUGCCUAGUAGAACAAAGAAUAGCUCUGGGUAUCCUGGGUCAGGUUAGGCUCAGACUCUUCCUGAUCGUGUGAGCAUGCCUGGUAGAACAAAGAAUAGCUCUGUGUAUCCUGGGUCAGGUUAGGCGCAGACUUUUGAAAACAGUCUUGAUUCUGUGCAGUACACACACACACACACACACAGCUCGUGUUCUGGAUAGAUGCAGUGUGAAAGUCAGUCGUAUUAUUCUGAAUGAUAUAAGGUUGUCCUUAGUAAUAUAGCAGGAGUCUCCAGCUUUUAUUCAGGUAAACCCUGACUUGUCAAUUUGACAAUUUAUUAUGCUCAGAGAAAGUGCCAUCGUCAUUAUUUACAUCCUGUGAAAGGAGCUGUUCUGCCAAAAGUUAAUACUGACUUGCUUUUCACAUUCCAUAAUUCAUCCCCAAAAUCAUGUCCAUUGCUGAAAUGCUAAAUCCUUCUGCUGGUGUUGCAUUUUUGCAGGCUAAGGUUGUUAACCUUAACAGUAAUGGAAGUUAUUUACAUUGAAGUUUAACAUUACGUUAAAUAACAAAAAUGUCACGUUUGACACUGCAUAGUUAAAGCUGAGUAACCUGAUUUGAUAUAAAUAACGUUGUGAACUAGCAGUGUUACCUAGCAACAACCCUUCACAUUCCACUGAUAUCAGGAUCAGUGGUGUGACAUCGUGUAAUUGGAGUCAUGCAGUGUGGAGAAUGACAUCAUGGUGUCCAUAUGGCAUGACUGAAGAACUGGAUGUAAUUUCAUGCAAGUGCCUUUGCCAUACAUUUAACAGAAUGCUAGUUUUGGUUGCCUCAACUACCUUUUAUGUAAUUGCAAUGUCAGCAUGCUAAGAAAACGACUAGAGCAAACAAGCAAUUUGGUACCAAUUUGUACAAGAUGAUCCACCGUAUGUAUUGUAAGCAUGAGUUUAUCCACUGUAUGUAUGGUAAGCAUGUGAUGAUCCACUCUAUGCUAAGCAUGAAGGCAGCAAAUUGCAGCUUCAUUUCAGAUGAAUGGAAUUCAGUGGCUUUGGCAGCUGCGCUUCAACUGUUGCUAGAUUGAUGUGUAAUGUGAAUGUGUUCCUUGAAUGUGUGUAUUGCGGCUCAUGAACAGCAUCUCACCAUGUGUGUGUGCAGGCUGUGCUCAAAGCACACAGCUGGUCUACUGCCUUUAAUGCCACCUCUGGAUUACACGGAGAGAUCCUUCCUGUAGUUUCUUCUCUACUUUAUUGUGGAUGUAAGAUGCGAGCGCACCAUCAGCGAGGCCUACUAAGGUCAUUCAUGUCAUGUGAUGGCUGUGACAGAGUUUGACCAGCCUUUGGGUUUCAUGCUUACACCUUUUCUGCUCCGAUGCUGCAGGUUAAAUGGCGAUUGGGCUGUCAACCACACCUCGAAAGAAGUGAUGCUUUCAUUUCAGCCUUCGACCUCUCGUAUGGCCUUUAUUCUUCCGGAGAAAGCAGAGACUUUUCUCUUUUAUAUAUAUAUAUAUAUAUAUAUAUAUAUAUUGUGUUUUUUUAAAUAAGUAAAUCUAUUUUGGAAAAUAGAUAUGUUCAAUACUGAGUCACCCCUGGCAGUUGAUUGAUGUUGGAGUGUAGAAUUAUGUGUGUAUUUAUAUUGUUUAGAAAUAUUAAAAAAAACUGCACCAACAAAGUUUUUCACUGAUUUGUGUCAGUUUAAUGAAUCCCAGUCCCAGUGAAUCUUGAAGAUAAACACGCAAAAUUAGCUAAACCGGUCAAAAUAAAAUGCUUGCGUUUGGUGCCUCAGCCACAUCGGAUAGAAUCCUGCACAUCAAUAACCUGCUAAACAACGUGGGGAAAUUAUCAAAGUUUGCCGGAAUGGCCUAGAUUUUCUUACAAAGCCGAGGACGUCGUGAGCCAUUGCCCACAACUGCCUUGCACAUCCCCCGGCGGUGCGCAGAGGAACUAGAAGCGUGUCCGUAGUUCUCCUGCGCGCACGUUGGAUGACUGUGAGGCAAAGUGGUCCUUCACAACUGCCCGGAGAACAGAUCGCAUACCAAGUCAUCAGCAUCCACGAAGUGAUUGGUAACUCGUGUUGAUUUUUGCCUCGGAUAUUCGAAUAGCUUGAGUCCGUCGCGUGUUUAUGUUUAAUUAUGAUAUUUUAAGCUGAAAAGGGAGUUUCUAGUAUUUUCUGCCUUACGGAAGGCGCAGUUGUUUUUUUUACAAUAAAAAAAGUGUUUCCGCAUCGUCUUCGAUAUGAGACCUCCUGUCUCGUCCAUCAUGUGACUUGGAACCAGAGGAGCACGAGACACAGAGAGGUGUGGAAUGAGGACCGUGAGGUUGGAGACUCGUUGGAGAGCGUUGACAUGAAAGCCUGAGGAAAUUAGGACAUUUUGAUCAAUUGUGGAUCUGGAUUAUAAAAAAACAAGGGUGCCCUAAUCCUAAUCCACAGUGUUGUGUGACACAGAUUAGAGCAAGCCCAGAGCCCAUCCCCUAGUCUGGAAUAGCGUGAGAAGUGUCUGGAGUAUAAACACCCAGCUGAGGUUCAUGCUUGACUGGCAAAGCCUCUGGUGUGUCUGGAGGGGGCAGGUGAGGGUGAGCUGCUGGGGUGACGGACGUUGGGGUGCUGUGUGACCCUCACCAUGCCGAUUGAUGCGUCUUCGGUUGUCUACAUCCUGCUGGAGCUCCUGAUCGCGCUGCUCUCCGUUCUGGGCAACGUGUUGGUCUGCUGGGCCGUGGCCCUCAACAGCAACCUGCAGAGCAUCACCAACCUUUUCGUGGUGUCACUGGCGGUGGCCGACAUCGCCGUGGGCGUCCUGGCCAUCCCCUUCUCCAUCGCCAUCAGCACAGGCUUCUGCUCCAGCUUCUACGGCUGCCUGUUCAUCGCCUGCUUUGUGCUGGUGCUAACGCAGAGCUCCAUCUUCAGCCUGCUGGCCAUAGCUGUCGACCGCUACAUUGCCAUCAAGAUCCCACUCAGGUAUAACAGUCUGGUGACGGGCCAGAGGGCCAGAGGCGUGAUUGGCGUGUGCUGGGUGCUGUCGGUGGCCAUCGGCCUGACGCCCAUGCUGGGCUGGCACAAAGUGAGCUCAGGAGCGCCGCCCUCCAAUGGCAGCUGCCCGCCGGGCAUGGUGCGGUGCCUGUUCGAGGAGGUGGUGGUGAUGGACUACAUGGUCUACUUCAACUUCUUCGCCUGCGUGCUGCUGCCGCUGCUCCUCAUGCUGGCCAUCUACCUGCGCAUCUUCAUGGCGGCGCGGCGUCAGCUGAAGUGCAUCAAGAUGGAGGCCAUGCCGGGCGUGCACAAGUCCCGCUCGACCCUGCAGAGGGAGGUCCGCGCGGCCAAGUCUCUGGCCAUCAUCGUGGGGCUGUUUGCCGUCUGCUGGCUGCCGCUGCACAUCGUCAACUGCUUCACGCUGUUCUGCCCGCAGUGCCAGCACGCCCCCGCCUGGGUCAUGUACCUCGCCAUCCUCUUCUCCCACGGCAACUCCGUGGUCAACCCCUUCAUCUACGCCUACAGCAUACGAGAGUUCCGACACACCUUCCGCAGGAUUGUCCGCCACCACGUCCUGGGCUGGCACGACCCUCUGCCGAGCGUGAGCAGCGGCAGCGCCCGGGCGUCGACCCGCACCAGCGUAGCGGACUCCUGCAGUCUGAAGGUCAACGGCCGUGACCUCUGCACGGAGCGCAGCAGCAGCAGCAGCUGUGAAAGCAGCGAGCCAGCAGGGGGUGCCAGACCUGACCCAGACCAGGCCUGCACAGACCCCAACCCAGCCUGGCCUCACCCCCCAUCCCCAGCGGCCCCCCACCCCCCAAACGGAGACAGGCAGGCCCCCGCAGUGCUGGAGGCCAGGCGUAGCAGACAGGGCAGAGCUCUUUCUCCCCGUCAGGCCCUACAUCAGCUCCACUCCUACUCCAGCCACUGCCUGCAGCUGGCCGAAGGGUCCUGAUGCCGGGACAGGCGCCCUGUGAUUGACCAUGUCUAUUCACUGUGAUUGACCAUGUCUUAUUUACUAGCCAUUACCUGGAGCCGAUUCUGAUCAAGGACAAAAUGUGUCAGAAUAGAGAGAGAGACAGAAGACUUUCCAGACUUUCUAAGUGAAGGCAAAGUGUAGAGAAUUUAAAGGCAGCUGUGUGAUACCUGUUUUCACCCUCUCUAGUGGGAAAUGGGUUAGGGGGUUGGGUUUAAGUUUGGGGUUGGGGUUUAGGGUUGGGUUUAGG